UAAUUUAAAAACUACGCAAGCUCCUCGCCAGCCUGUACAUUACAUACAUUAAGGUCGUCUAUACAGAAUAUAUAAGAAUGCAUUUAAAUAAUUCACGCAGUAUCAGGGCAGAAGAGGAACAAGCAACCAGUUAAAAUGAAGACAAUUUUAGUUUUGGCAGCAGUUGUAGCGGCGGCAGUUGCCUUACCCGCAGAUACCUACAACCCAGCGUAUGACAACUUCAAUGCACAAGAGUUAGUUGAAAAUACUCGUCUUCUUAAAAAUUAUGGAAAAUGUUUCCUUGAACAAGGACCAUGCACACCUGAAGGAAAUGACUUCAAAAAGGUCAUUCCUGAAGCCCUAAGAACAAAUUGUGCGAAGUGCACUCCAAAACAGCGUGAACUGAUUCGUACCGUUGUUCACGGAUUUAAAACUAAGCUUCCAGAAAUGUGGGAAAAAAUUGUCCAGAAAGAAGACCCCAAAAAUGAAUUCACAGCGUCCUUCAACGAAUUUUUGGCGGCUUCCAACUAAGACUUAAAGAGCAACUAUAACACCAACUUACAAUUACAGCCCAGCUGAAAUGGUCAAUCUUAUAUUUUAGUGAUAAAAGAUAUUUUAAUGAACUUCAAACUUCAUGGUUAGUGUUUCAUUAAAUUUAAAUAAAACAGUAUUUUUUUACAUUUUAAACAAAUUAUCACCUUAAGAGAUUGUCUAGAGUCUAGACGUUAGCAAUCUGUCAAUCGCUUAAUGACAAUUGACCCUUCCAGAUGGACUGAUACAGAUUUGACCAUUCCUAACUGUUAACUUUAUGGGCAAAAUACUCUUAAUUUGACUUAAGAUUUAUUAUUUCGUAUGUAAUUGUUAAUAUUAAUAGAAAAGUAGAAAUUGCAGCGUUUAGUAAAAACAAUCCUGUAUUUCCUUAUCAUCACAUUAUACUUAAUUUUGAGAUUAAAUUUUAUACUUAGCAUAAGUUGAUCUACCUGAGAAUUUUAUUAAAUACUGUUUAAA